UUACCGCCAUUUGCCCCUAAAAGUUGAGCGCCAUUGAAAUGGACGGAGCAGCAACCUCAGCUUCACCGUCGACUAUAAAGGCGAUAAACAAGGGAGUAGUGCAUAGAAUUUGUGCCGGUCAAGUUAUUCUCGACCUUCCCUCAGCCGUCAAGGAAUUAGUUGAGAACAGCUUGGAUGCUGGCGCCACUAGCAUUGAAGUUUCGCUCAAAGACUAUGGCGCUGAAUCCUUCCAGGUCAUCGAUAAUGGUUGUGGCAUUUCACCGAACAACUUCAAGGUACUGGCGCUAAAACAUCAUACCUCAAAACUAUCAGAUAUUCCUGAUCUUCAGUCAUUAGCGACUUUUGGAUUUAGAGGGGAGGCAUUGAGUUCACUUUGUGCGUUAGGGGAUUUAACGGUUGAAACAAGAACGAAGAAUGAGCAAAUUGCGACACACUUGACUUUUGAUCAUUCAGGCCUUCUGAUAGCUGAAAGGAACACGGCUCGCCAAGUUGGUACCACUGUCACUGUUAAGAAGUUGUUCUCCACUUUACCAGUGCGAAGUAAAGAGUUUCACCGCAACAUCCGAAAGGAAUAUGGAAAGCUUAUCACACUGCUGAAUGCGUAUGCUCUUAUUUCUAAGGGAGUCAGACUAGUUUGCACCAACUCAGCUCUCAAAAAUGCAAAAUCUGUAGUUUUGAAGACUCAGGGAAGUGGAUCUCUGAAAGAUAACAUUAUAACAGUAUUUGGUAUGAGUACCUUUACUUGUCUGGUGCCUCUCAAAGUAUGUAUGUCUGAUGGUUGCACUGUUGAAGGAUUCAUUUCCAAGUCUGGCUAUGGUAGUGGACGCAACUUAGGAGAUCGACAAUACUUUUUUGUGAAUGGACGGCCGGUAGAUAUGCCAAAAAUUGGCAAGCUUGUCAAUGAGUUGUAUAGAGGUGCAAACUCUCGGCAAUAUCCCAUUGCAAUCAUGAACAUUGUGAUCCCACCAAGUGCAUUUGAUGUCAAUGUAACUCCUGAUAAAAGAAAAAUAUUUUUGUCUGAAGAAGGCUCCAUAUUGCACUCUUUGAGAGAAGCUUUAGAAAAGAUAUACUCUUCUAAUUGUGCUAGUUAUGCUGUUAAUAGUCUCCAAGAGGUUGAAGAAAAGCAUACAUCCAAUCCUUCCCAACUUGAGGCCUUUCAGUUUCAAUCCAAGCAAUUAUUGUCAGAUAGCGCUGAUACUCAGGAAGGUGACUAUGUUGGAGAACUACAUGAAGAAGGUCAUUUUCUCAAAAAAUCUCGAAAGGAAUUAAAAGAUACAUCUGUCACGGAGGUGCUGCUAAAUGAUGGAAACAGGUCAACAGAGAAAGACUUCAGUCUUCGAUUCCAUGGAAAGAAGAAAGACAAUAACAGUUCCAGAAGUCCCUGGAAGGAAGUCGGAGGUCUGACUACUGCUAUAACCGACAGACAUGCACUCACCCCGGGCUCAAAAGAUAAAAGCUGUAUCGAUACUGCACGUUGUGUCGAUCGUGCAAGCAUUGUCCAGUCAUCACUCACCAAGUUUAUUACGGUAAAUAAGAGAAAGCACGAGAGUAUGAGUACCACAUUAUCUGAGGUACCUCUCCUGAGAAAUGGAUCGACUGUGUGUCCAUCAGGAGAAGACAAUUCUUUGAAGGAUGCCACAUCCUUAAGAUCUCCGGAUAAUCCAGUUAAGGCUGAUAAGUGUGAUGAAGUGACCAUUAAUGAGUCUGGAUCUUCCAAGUUCUCAAAGAUAGAUAACUUUCUUCAUCAAAUGAAGCACUCGAGAAAUGGAUUGACUGUGUGUCCAUCAGGAGAAGACAAUUCUUUGAAGGAUACCACAUCCUUAAGAUCUCCAGGUAAUCCAGUUAAGGCUGAUAAGUGUGAUGAAGUGACCAUAAAUGAGUCUGGAUCUUCCAAGUUCUCAAAGAUAGAUAGAUUUCUUCAGCAAAUGAAGCACUCAAGAAUGGCUACAGUCCUUGAUCAAACAAAUAAUUUAUCUCCACCUGGAAAUAGUAUACAAAAUGGAAAAUCUGAGGAGGAGCAUGAGGUUCAAAUGAAUGAAUUAUGUGUAACUGAACCAGUGCCUCUUGAUUCUACUUGCAACAACAUCCAUGAUGUAUCAGAAAAUAUGGUAGAUGCUGCUUCUUCUGAACAGCCUGUUAGUCUGACUCUGGAUGCUCCUAAGGCUUCAUCUAAUAGAGAGAUUGUUUCGACAUUGCAAUUUAGUGUGAAAGAACUUAUAUCAAGAAGGAAGCAGAGACUGUCAAGAUUGCAACUCCUUAAUCGUACAUCUCAAAGAAUGAAAACAAAGAGGGAUUUUGCUGCAGCAACCCUGGAGCUCUCCGAAUCAGAAAAUGAAGAGGCCAAGGCAAGGGCAUUGAUUGCUGCUACCAAUGAGUUGGAGAGACUUUUCAAGAAAGAAGAUUUUACUAAAAUGAAGGUGAUUGGGCAAUUCAAUCUUGGAUUCAUUAUAGGCAGGUUGGAUCAAGACCUUUUUAUUGUUGAUCAGCAUGCCGCAGACGAGAAGUAUAAUUUUGAGCGUCUGUCGCAAUCAACUAUCUUGAAUCAGCAACCUUUACUUCGGCCCUUGAAGAUGGAGUUAUCUCCUGAAGAAGAAAUAGUUAUUUCCAUCCACAAUGAUACAUUCAGGAGAAAUGGAUUUCUAUUGGAGGAGGAUCUGUGCGCUCCUCCAGGGCAUCGUUUUAAGCUAAAAGCAGUCCCCUUCAGCAAAAAUAUAACCUUUGGAAUUGCAGAUGUGAAAGAUCUCAUUUCCAUUCUUGCUGAUAGUGAGGAAGAAUGUUCCAUGAUGGGUACUUAUAGGAAUGAUAAAGCCGAUUCAUUAUGUCCUCCUAGAGUUCGUGCAAUGUUUGCAUCGCGUGCCUGCAAAUCUUCUAUCGUUAUUGGAGAUCCACUUGGGAGAAAUGAGAUGCAAAAGAUACUUGAUAAUCUAUCACGCCUCAAGUCUCCAUGGAAUUGUCCACAUGGUAGACCGACAAUGCGUCACUUGGUUGAUCUGAGGACUGUACAUAGAAGAUUAGAAGCAGAUGAGACCACCUUAUAAACUCCAGUUGGUAACAUCGCCUAGCGAAGCAGGGACUUCUUUCUGUAAAUUAUUGGACACCUGUAAAUUGAGACAUUUUGCAUAUGGAAAUAGAAUUUAUCUAAAUGACGAGGAGUUUGAGUAUACAGAAAGCGGU